AUGAUCGCUGCUGAAAAUCAGUCGAGUUCGCGUGCCGGCUCCAGGCUGGGGCAGUUCGAGGAGCUAGCGGCUGACGGAAGCGUGGGUGGCGGCAACGGGGGUGGUGUAGCCGCUACAACCACUACCUCGGAGCCAGGUGUAAUGAAGAAGGAGGAGCAGGAGGCGCCACGAAACGAGAACUCGACGAAAGAGGGAAGCGGCGCAGCGACAGUAACUACACCUAGCGGCGUCGUUGGGACGAUUUUGACGAUGCCUGGCGGGGGCGCUCGAAGCGACGAGGAGCAAGAGGAGGAGGAGGAGGCAGAAGAGGAGGAGGAGGAGGAGGACGACGACGAGGAGGAUGGAGUGGAAGUGGAGGGUGGAGCGGCGCAGGAGGCGGUCGGUGGCGAGGGUGGGGGUGGAGGCGGCAUGGCCGGCUUCUGGAGGCAGAGCAGACCCUCCAGUCCCCGCAUGCCGCCUCCGGAGCAGCCGGAGCACAGGCCUAAGAGCCGACACGAGCCGGCGCCCGCGAGAUACAACAACCUCGGCUAUUGGAGGGCCAGAAGAGUCACUUUCUACAAGAAUGGCGACCCGUAUUUUCCUGGCAUCGAGUUCAGGUUCAAGCCAGGACGAGACAUCGGCUCCCUGGAGGCACUGUUGGACAGGCUGUCCCUCCGAAUGGACCUGCCCAGGGGGGCGCGACACAUCUUCUCCAUGGACGGCGAUCGGAAGCUCACCCUGGACGAGCUCGAGGACGGUGCCUCGUACGUCGUAUCGAGCUACAAGUCGUUCAAGCCGGCCAGCUAUGGAAAGAAGAGCAACACUUGGUACACGAGCCCCACUGGAGGAGGCAGCAGAGGUGGAGGAGGUGCCGGAGGUGGCGUCGGAGGUUGGCAAAGCAGACCACCAGCGGUGGCGAGUCUCAGCAGGAAAGCUUCCAUCACCGACGAAGCACCACCUCCUGGAGGCGGAAAGCCUUCCUCGGGACGCGUUAUACGGAUCGUCAACAACCACGAUCACACAGUGCAGUGUCGAGUCUUGUUGAACCUCCGCACCUCCCAGCCAUUCGAGGAGGUGUUGGAAGACCUUGGACAAGUGCUGAAGAUGAAUGGGGCCAAGAGGAUGUUCACAGUUUCCGGUCAAGAGGUGAGGAGUUUCUCGCAACUGAGGAACGAAUUCGCGGACGUGGACACCUUUUACUUGGGCACCGGAUCCGGUAUCGGGAUCGUGGGCGCGGUGACAGAGUCCCCGGCGAGGAGAUCCAGGUCGAGAGGUCCGCCCACCGUGGUCGAGGACAUCGGUCGUCAAAGACGGGCUCGCAGCAAGAGUAGACCUCGAGCCCUCUACGCCCCCGAUUCUGACGUCGUCCGAGUAAACGAUUACAGCGUGGUCGAGGUGCUGCGCGACGAACCGGCCAGGGUGACGAUCCGGGGUCUCAGACGUUCGUUUUACCCGCCCUCGCACCUGCCGCCGGUGGACAACUCACCGCCGGAGAAGAAGCUACAACUCGAGUGGGUUUACGGAUAUCGGGGCACCGAUACCCGCAGAAACCUCUGGGUUCUGCCCAGCGGCGAGCUGCUCUACUACGUCGCUGCCGUGGCUGUUCUCUUCGACAGAGAGGAAAAUGCACAACGGCAUUACGUGGGCCACACGGAGGACAUCACGUGCAUGGAGGUUCACCCGAGCAGAGAGCUGGUCGCGUCCGGGCAAAAAGCUGGCAGACACAGAAAGGCGCAACCGCACGUUCGCAUAUGGUCGACAGAGACUCUUCUCACACUUUACGUGUUCGGGAUGACUGAGUUCCAGAUGGGCGUCUCAGCGUUGGCGUUCUCGCAGCUGAACGGGGGUAGCUACGUGUUGGCUGUCGACGCUGGAAGGGAAGCGAUACUCUCCGUGUGGCAGUGGCAGUGGGGCCAUUUGCUGGGCAAAGUGGCGACUAUGCAAGAAGACUUGACCGGUGCUGCGUUCCACCCCCUCGACGAUAAUCUUUUAAUAACGCAUGGUCGAGGACACCUGACUUUCUGGAACCGGCGAAAGGACGGUUUCUUCGAACGAACGGACAUCAUUAAGCCUCCAUCGCGCACCCACGUAACGAGCAUUCAGUUCGAGCAAGAUGGCGACGUCGUGACCGCGGACAGCGACGGUUUCAUCACCGUUUACUCCGUAGACGCGGACGGAGCCUAUUUCGUUCGAAUGGAGUUCGAGGCGCACAACAAGGGCAUCAGUUCGCUGGUUAUGCUAUCGGAGGGUACAUUACUCUCUGGCGGAGAAAAAGAUCGCAAAAUCGCCGCGUGGGACUCUCUGCAAAAUUACAAACGCAUCACCGACACAAAGCUACCGGAAGCAGUGGGAGGAGUCCGUAGCAUUUAUCCCCAGCGGCCCGGAAGAAACGAUGGGAACAUAUAUGUUGGCACCACGAGGAACAAUAUAUUGGAAGGAUCGCUUCAGAGAAGAUUCAAUCAAGUCGUGUUUGGUCAUGGUAGGCAGUUGUGGGGACUGGCGGUCCACCCUGACGACGAAGUCUUUGCCACGGCGGGUCAUGACAAGAACAUUGCCCUAUGGCGAAGACACAAACUUUUGUGGACGACGCAGGUGGGUUUCGAGUGCAUCUGCAUAGCGUUCCAUCCAUUCGGAGUGGCUCUUGCUGCUGGAUCCUCGGAGGGUCAUCUCCUUGUUCUCGCGGCGGACACCGGCACCGCCGUAGCAACCCUCAGAGUUUGUGGAUCGCCGUUAUCGUGCAUCGGCUACAAUCCCACCGGAGAAAUAGUAGCGAUGGGCUCGCAGAACGGUAGCGUGUACCUUUUCAGAGUGUCCAGAGACGGAUUCUCGUACAAGAAGAGCAACAAGAUACGCGGAACACAGCCAUUGGUGCAACUCGACUGGAGCUCGGACAGCAGAUUCCUUCAGACCGUCACUCAGGAUUACGACCUAGUUUUCUGGGACGUGAAGGCCUUGUCGUCGGAGAAGAGUCCGUUGGUGAUGAAGGACGUGAAAUGGUACACUCACAAUUGUAUGGUUGGCUACAUGGUCUCUGGUAUGUGGAAUAAUCGUUACUACCCGCUGACGACGGUUCUAACGACGUCGAGCAGAUCGGCGGCGCACGACAUGUUGGUCAGCGGUGACGCGGAGGGCUACCUGAGGCUGUUCAGGUACCCGUGUACCAGCGCGAAGGCCGAGUACGUCGAGGAGAAGGUGUACAGCUCGUUGGUGGCUUGCGCCAGAUUCCUUUACAACGAUCAGAACGUGGUCACCGUCGGUGGAACCGACGCUGCGCUGAUGCUUUGGGAAUUGGUCGACGAAUAAACGGAAGUAAUCUAUACUCCUCGACCGUUCAGACACUUUUCCAUACUUUCGAAGGUCUGAUUCCGGAACCUUCAAUCCGUCCCCUCGCGACGACAUUCAGUCGCGAGUUUUUAAUACCUACACCGAUCGAACGAACGUUUAUCUAAUCGUUGAACGACGUUCCGGUGAAACAUUUUAAUAAUCCUGAGAUUCCCGAUGGGGGUUUUCAACAACGUACCAUAGUCGGUACUAGAAACCAAUUUAGAAGCGCUUUGGGAACUGUUUGGCGCUCGUUGUUGUAGCACCGCGCCACGUGCCGGUGUAUCGUUCCGAAGACAGGACGUUUUUGAAGUUUUCGAGUCGAUUUCGCACGGUGUUAAUCCGCCAUUGGUGGGGUAUUUGCAUCCUAAUAAAAAAAUUCCUGGAAUUAAUACAUUUGUAUCUAAUUUUGUUAAAUUAGUAAAAUAGAAAAUAAACACGAUUCGAAAAGCUUUGUUCAAUUUAACUGAUUAACUUUGUUAAAUUUACGAGGGUACAAAAAACGACUUUCUUCCGGUACAAAUACCCCACUGUAUUCGUCCCCCGAGACCGUGAAAGCGAUACGAUGAUCCGGACCGAUAAAGUAAUUACAUAUACUGUUUUCACCUGGGCAAGAUAAGAUCUGCUAAUGAGAAUUUUAUUAACGCUGCGACUCGCAGUGAGUAGAUGUAAAAGAUUACAAAUAUUUUUCAAGACUCUCAAAAAAUAGAAUAAAAAAAGAAAUCAAUUUUCUCAAAAUUCCAAAAUACUUGAUCAAAACAGAAAUUCUUUUUUGUUUGGAUAUAAGAGAAAUCUCGUUUCCAGUCGCUAAUAAGUUAAUGCGUUAAACAAAUCUUCGAUAACGGUUCGGGGGCCGAAGAUUCGAUCGGCGAGAAAAAUAAACCGAGCAGGCGGAGGAUCCAUUUUCACUUUCUCCAUCUUCCAAACCGUUUUGUUGCGCUGCCAUUUCUCUGGCGCACGCGUUCGGGAGAUAACGAACCCGCUAACGAUAACACGUUAUCGGGGCCACAAUGUUGCAGUACGUACAACAAACAGUACGAAAUAGCCACACGCGCGAACGACGCGUGUCCGUAGUAAUAAAGAGAAAAAUAAAACAACGUGCACGUUCAGGAGCGUGCGAUCGGGGCGCUGGCGCCCCUUGGUAGAUCUUAAGCGACGAAAAUAGAUGCGAACCAACCCCGGGAGGUAACAAAUACUUAAAAAGAAAAUCAAAAAAAAUUAAAACAAAAAAAUAAUUCGCACCCCCUUUUUCUUCCCCGUAUCGGGACACGACGCAGAGUGGACCGGAUCGAACUUUUUGGCGACAUUCUUCUCCACUGCAAAAAUAUACAAUUUCCUUAAUUUUUUAAUCGCCAAGAUCGAUGGAUAUUUAUAAAUACAAGUUCAACGAGUAUCGAUACGAGAAAUUUGAUUUUCGAGAGACUCGAUUCGGACCACCGUGCGACGAUCCAUAAUUGUUCGCUCUUCGUCGUUUCGAAGAUUUUAGAGAAUAUGCUGUUGCGGGUCAACGCGCCUCUCCGUCGGUCCUCCCUCGUUCACACAUCCGUUUCUAGAGGAAAAAAAAAACAAACGGAAGUAUAUAGAGUAUACAGAGUUUACGCGAUUAUAUUAUUAUAUGAAAUGAAUAAAUAUAUACAUAGUCGUAGAUGCAAACGAUGACACGAUUCGUCCGUUGUUAGCCGCCGUAAAGCACGGGAUCGUCACUGCCAAGGCGUCGAGUUCGAAAUUUCAAUCGCGCGGCCCGCAUCGGGGCAAAUUUUAUUCGCUGUAAACUGAUAAAAAAAAAAAUUCUCUUUCAAAUCGUUCGUAAACUAGCUUUCGAAGUUGAACAAAUUCAUUUGCAGACCAGAACGUAUCGACGAAUUCUUUAAACCAAUAUUCGAGCUCGUAACAUUUUUACUCGCGAAUGAAAUUUGCUACGAAUCCGAUCCGCGCGGUUUCUAGAACUAACCUCACCUGCGAGCUACGUCGCGCGAUUCGGCGCGAAAUCAAUUGGCUGGUCAAGGUCACUCUCCUUCCUCCUCCACUCCUGCUGUUGUCGCCGAACUCAAACGCGUGUUCGAAGGUCCGAUAAAAAGAGAGGUUAUCCCCGCUUUGACGUCACGCUAGAGACGGGGAAUGCGUAAAUGUUUGUCGGUGACCGUCGCAGGCCAAUUGAUUUUCCACCGAAAUAUCCAAACGCUCGCUAUUAAAACUUUAAACGACAACUAUAUGCACGUAUUUGUUAUAUUUAAAGCGUCGACAGCGAGCGUUCGUAUACUUUCGCGAGCCACUGUACUUCGAACUUUGUCGACACGCGCGCUAGAACCCUUUUUUACGUUCUACGCUGUAAGUUUGUAAAAGAAAAACGACCGAUACGAUAUAUUUAUCAAUAAUUGAUACCAGAUCUCGACCGUUGACACACGGCCCCAUUAGCGCCCGCGCGUUUAUACGUCAGUGCGCGAAUAAUUUGUUAUUAAGUCAUUCGCAUCGCCCCAACUUCUAUUUAGCUCUUGUUGCCCCUGGAGGUGUACAGAGUAUUAUCUUUUUCGAGGAAUCGUAGAGGAAACUUUUUGGUCGCUUGGUAAUGUACAAAUAUCGUAGACGUGUAUCGUUGAUGCAAAUGGAUUAAUUGUAUUCUGUAAUAGAUCGUGAAACGUCGACGCGUCACGAUAGCGAGCAGGACUGAAUUUUGGUCUUCGAUGCGCUCUGAAAAAAAAAAAAAAAAUACGAAAUGGAAUCAAACGAUCCCCCCCUCCCGUAAUCUUUAGCGCGAUGUCGUAACAGUGUAGAGAAGCUAUCUUACUAUAAUAAAUACUGCACAUUAGAUACACGAUAGUUCGAUCUCUGUCACCAAACUUUCCUCCAUAAAAGUCAAAGUCAAUCUCGUAGUCGCAUUCAAAUUUUAUUGCUUGCUACCCAGCUUCUAUUAUAGCAUUUGUGGUACCAGAUAGUUCGCGGUGUAUCUCUAGAUUUCACGGUUGAUUUAACUAUUUUGAAAAAGUUCUAAAGCGUUAACGCUUGGCGUUCGUGCGAUCGAGGAUUUGCAAUACAACGAACUGCAUGAAUAGAAAUAGCAUAAUAGCGUCACGUCUAAGACAGGAUACGCUAGAUGUUAUUGAUGAGCCCGACUAGCAAAUCUAGGACAAAACACAGUAAUAUUGCUCUUUCUAC